AUGGAAGACCUUAAAAAGAAGUACGAAGAGCUAACUUGCAAGUUGGCUGCCAAAGAGGAGAAAAGCCCUGCUAGAGAGCUUAUGGACAACACUGACUUGCCCUUCAUCGAUCGAGUAUUGGGUUUCCCCUUGCCUGACAACUUCAAGAUGCCUCGUGUCAAGGAGUUUGACGGUAACAGUGACCCUUCUGAACAUAUGGAAAGCAUUCGCGCUCAUUUUUCCCUUCACAUAUUUUCGGAUGAAAUCGCAUGCAGAAUCUUUCCCCUCACUUUGGAAGGAGUUGCCAAGGAUUGGAAGAAGCACUCAGCUUGUUCACUAUCCCUUCGUCAGGGAAAGGAAGAGAGCUUGAAGGAUUUCAUGCUCAGGUUUAAUAAAGAGAAGCUGUUGGUGGAGAACCCAAGUGAUCAAACGGUACUUUCUGUAUUAUGGCAUAGAGUCAGGCCAAAUGGGCCUCUGAUGGCUGAAGUGUCAAAGAGUUCGACCGAGAUAACUCAUCGCCAAUUUAUUAGUAAGAUGGAGGAGUACAUCAAUCAGGAGGAAAUGAUUAAGGCUUUAAUGAAAGGUCAGGAGGAAGAAGACCGAGAAAAGGAGGACAUCAAGAAGGAGAUACCUGCAACGUCCACUCCGAAAGAAGGGAAAUUCCAAAAGAAAGUGGUGAAGAAGACUGUGCCAUCCUUCCCGAAGAUAGAGCCCCGGCGACGUGAAGAUCGAAGGUUCACACCCUUGAAUGUUAGGGUCAAUGAAGUGUUUAUAGAGAUUAGAAGGGACCUAGCUUUUAGGUGGCCGAGUAAGUUGCGGGGUGAUCCGAGGAAGCGAGAUCGAACAAAGUUCUGUGAGUAUCAUAAUGAUCAUGGGCAUUUGGCGGAAGAUUGUAUAACCCUGUGGCAGGGGAUCGAAACCUUCAUUAGAAAUGGAAGGCUGGUGAGAUUCCUUGCAGGAGAGAGGAAUCGAGAUGCGGUUCACCAACAGCCCCUUCUGUUGGAUGCAAACCUAGAUGCAGGAGGACGAGAGCCGAGACGUGAUUGGGAAGAUGGUCCGAGAGAGGAUCCGAGAGCCCCUCGGGAGCAAGGAGUGGUAGGCGAAAUCCACACUAUUUCCCGAGGAAUAGCUGGUGAAGGACAAUCCAACUCAGCCAGAAAGGCUUAUGCGAGAAAAACGCAGACUGAAGAGGUCCUUACAGUGCAAAGACCUUCUAAGGUUGCAAGGAAGGAUUCAAUGACUCUUUCUUUCUCUGAAGAAGAUGCUAGGGGAGGUAAUGCAGCCACAUGA